AUGACGGACCAGUUCAAGGCUCGGACGUUGAAACGAAAGAAUGUCAAAGGUCUUGCUCUCAAUGCAGCCCCUAAACCUGCCGAUGGCGAUACACAGGCUGGGUCUGCUGGUAAUAGCGAACUCAGCAACACAGAUACGCUCGAAAUCGGUCUGGAGUUUCGCCUCGAUCUUCGCAGUGAAGACCUAGUCACAUUGAAGGAACUCGGCGCCGGAAAUGGAGGUACUGUUUCCAAGGUGAUGCAUGCAUCCACUAAGGUGGUGAUGGCUCGAAAGAUUAUCCGUGUGGAAGCCAAAGAGAACGUGCGGAAACAGAUUCUACGAGAACUUCGAGUCGGACAUGACUGCAAUUGUCCCAAUAUUGUCACUUUCUAUGGUGCAUUCCAAAACGAAGCGAGAGAUAUUGUGCUAUGCAUGGAAUAUAUGGACCUCGGAUCUCUCGACCGCGUUUCUAAAGAUUUCGGCCCUGUUCGAGUCGAUGUGCUGGGAAAGAUCACCGAGUCCGUCUUGGCUGGCCUUGUCUACUUAUACGAAACCCACCGCAUCAUGCAUCGUGAUAUCAAGCCGUCCAAUAUCUUACUCAAUUCCCGCGGCAACAUCAAGCUCUGUGACUUUGGUGUUGCUACCGAGACAGUUAACUCGAUUGCCGAUACAUUUGUUGGCACUUCCACAUAUAUGGCUCCCGAACGAAUUCAGGGAGGCGCCUAUACGGUCCGUUCCGACGUGUGGAGCGUGGGCUUGACGGUCAUGGAGCUGGCUGUUGGAAAGUUCCCCUUCGAUCACUCCGACUCUGGUGCCGGAAACCGUGCUAGCACAGGGCCGAUGGGAAUUUUGGAUCUACUUCAGCAAAUCGUGCACGAGACAGCGCCCAAGCUGCCCAAGAGCGAUGCCUUCCCGCCUAUCCUACAUGACUUUGUUGGGAAGUGUCUCUUGAAGAAAUCCGAAGAGCGCCCAACCCCACGAGAGCUUUAUGACAAAGAUGCCUUCUUGCAGGCCGCGAAGCGCACACCAGUCAACCUCGAAGGAUGGGCAAUGAGCAUGAUGGACCAAGAAAAGCGCAAGUCCUAUUUGGGACCACCAAUAUCAACCCAACUCUCUAGAGAGGCCUCGAAACCAACCCCAAAAUCGUCUCCCGCCGCAGCUCCCAUAUCAGGCACUAUCGGGAAACCCCCUCUCGUCAACAAGCAAACACGAACCCCACAGCAGUCACCAUUCCCGUCAAACCCAGCAUCAGGCGAAAUCCCUCUAAAGAUCGCCAACGAGUUCCCAUCCAGCUACCGUCACUAUCCUCAGUCCCAGCCUCAGUCGCAGCCCCAGCCCCAGCCUCAAUAUUCCUCAUCGUCUUCGUCCCGAACCACGCGGUCUCCACCACCCCCCUCUCUGGAGCACCUCUCGCUGGAAGCAAACGACGAGGACAGCCGAUACGGUCGUCGCGCGAUGCGUCAGCAGCUCAACGAGCCCGUUUCUGCCAUCGAUGCCCCAUCUCGCCCAUUCAUGAGCCCUCGCUCCGCCAGCUCCAACAACUCUAAUCCCCGCACGAACCUGCACUCCACGGCGAUGCCUAUCCGCACUGCGCCUCCGAACGGCCCGCCUCCCCCAUUGCCUGUUCCAUCAGGCGGAAACUGGCGCACUCAACCAGGAAGUACGCCCCGGUAA